GGGGGUAAAGCGCACCCUACUUUUGGGCUAAAUUUCCCAAAAGGCCCAAGUCCAAUAUGGUAAACAUUCCCGAGACUGCACAGGACAGACUAAUACUACUAAUUUACAGCCAAAUUGGAAUCGGAUCCGCAAGCUCGAUCCGGCUCCGAUCCGACUCCGGGCAAUUCCCAACUUCUCAUCGAUUUCUUCAGCUUCACAAUCCAUUCCCUCUUUGUUUCUGCAAAGAAAUUAUCAAGGAUGGAAGCGGGGAGUUGCAGCUCCGGAACAACACUUUUAACGAAACUGCUGCUUUUAUUCAUUUCCUUCUCAUGUUUAUGGACCUCCCUCGCAUCCGGGUUGGUUGUUGUUUAGAUUUUGUGAUUCCUGCACAUGUUGAUGAUGUAUACUUUUUUUUUUUGGAAACAUGUCCUUCGGAUUGAGCUGCCCUUAGAGAAUCUAGCUUCUAAAUUGCAUUAUUUCUGGUGUUUUUGCUCUCUGAGUUGUGUACAUAUAUGGGCUGAUUUUACGUUUUCCUGGCAAGGGUUGUUAGGUUUGAGACCUCAUGUUACUAUCACCCCGAGCUUUUUUACUAUUUAUUUUGGCUCUACAAUUUGUAGUUUUUACUGUUUUCUUGGAAUCAACCUGACUGGAUCCUGCAAAUUUUUGCGAGAAUUUUAGAUAGGCUCCUUUUGUAUUGAAAGUCUGUGGUGCCAAAAGACACGAUUUGUUUUAGAAUCUGUAAUCUGAACAUACAAUUCUUUUUUCUUUUUUUCUUAAGCUUGUUUAACUUUCUAGUUUUUCUCGUUUCCUGAUGAUGGAGCAGGAAUGGAGACGGUUAUACCAUUACUGGUAGAGUAAAAAUCCCAGGUAAAAGUUUUCCUUUGUGGUUAUAUCUUUCUGUUUGAUUAUGUAAUUCGUCACGUAUGAAAGCUUAGUAAGAGUGAUAGUUUCUAAUUGAGACAUGAUUUUUGUUUACUCUCUUUUGGGAUUAGUUUUAGAAUGACUGCUUGUAGUUUAUAUUGUUGAUUUCUUUGCCUAUUCAGGAUGUUGGCUUUUGUCUUCUCUACCUUCGCAUCUGGCUGAGGGUUGUGUAAUAUGUUAGUGUUGUAGGGAUGAAGGGUAUUAGGAAGAGGUUCAUCAAAGUCUGGGGUUAGUUAUUAUUUUGUCUAGAAGACUCAAAUACUGUUUAGUUCUUUAGCAUGAUGAUAUUUAUUUGCUGGAAAUGGAAUAUGGAAACGAUGAUGGUUUAGUGCAGUCUGUGGUGCUAGAGACUAUUGGAUUCAAGCCUAAUAAUAUUUAGGGUGGUUAUGGCUUCUCGACUUAGAAUGGAAGUCGUUAAAAUCAACUUAUGGAGUGGGACACUAAAUUGCUCAGCAAAAUGUAUGUAGCUACUGUCUUGAUUUUUAUGUGAUAUGGUGCAGUACUCUUUCUCCCUGCAUCUAAUUUGUGACGAAAUGUAAAAUUCAUUACUCUUUAAAAUCAAUUUAAGGAACCCGUUUGAAUCAGUUUUAAGGGUAGUGAUUUGGUUGUGGAGCCUAAUAAAAUAUUGGCUUAGGGCGGUAUUUUCCGGGAUUCAUUUAUCUACUGAUAUAAUCUCUUUGAAGUUUUAUCCCUCGUAUACACUUCCAAACUUAAUGUCGCGUUUUAUGGUUGCUGUUAUGUUAAAAUCUGAAUGUUGUCUGCGAUUUGUAGGCACCAGUUCUCUAGGAGUUGGUCUUCCUGCGAAAGUUUCAAAUGUGAAAGUCAUACUAAAUGGUGGCAAAAGCGUCACUUUCCUCCGUCCCGAUGGAUAUUUUUCUUUCCAUAAUGUUCCGGCUGGGACUCAUCUUAUUGAGGUGGCUGCAAUCGGCUACUUCUUUUCUCCAGUUCGAGUCGAUGUCAGCGCCCGAAAUCCAGGGAAAGUUCAGGCUGCAUUGACUGAGACUAGGAAAGGCUUGAGCGAGCUCGUAUUGGAGCCUCUAAGUGAGGAACAGUACUACGAGAUAAGAGAACCUUUCUCCAUAAUGUCAGUCGUGAAGAGCCCCAUGGGACUGAUGAUGGGAUUUAUGGCGUUCGUGAUGUUAGUGAUGCCAAAACUAGUGGAAAAUAUGGAUACCGAAGAAAUGAAACGAGCCCAAGAGGAAAUGAGGAACCAAGGGGUUCCAUCAUUUGCAAAUCUGUUAUCUGGAGGGCAAAGAAGCGACUAAAGACUCACAACUGGGAACGGAGAAGGCUUGGUUCGAUAAAGUUCCAACUUUCAAGGAUUAUUUUCGUGUAAAAACAGAUAACAUAGAUUUAAGAUUGGGAACUGGUUUGUUUGACUCCCAUAUAGUAUUUACUAGUAGGGUUGAGAAAGUUUCAAAGGGAUUGUAUUGAAACUCAUUUGUUGUUGGAGUUGUUUUGGCACUGCACAAUUCAGGAUUCUACAAUAUUUCGGUCAAGUUAUGCUUCUUCUCAAAGUACCAUUAUUAUAUUAUUUGCUUUAAUCAGCUAA